AUGGUUGAUAAAGUCAAGAGAACUACCAACAAAUCUGCCAAAGAGGGUUCAAAUUUGACUCUACAGUGUUUCCAUUGUGAUUCCUUGUUUCCUCUUCCUACUGGAGUGUCUGAUGAGAGUUAUGAAUUCAUCAUAACAGCUAACAAUUUAAAAUUCUUCUGCGACGCUUGUUUGAAGAAAUUCUCUGUGGAGAAACAGUUUUAUAAAAAAUUAGAACAGAGUAAAUCAGAGAUGAGUUAUGAAGAGAAACAGUUUCAUAAAGAACUUGAAAAGGGUAAUUCAGAGAUUAUAGAAGAAAUGAAAAAAUUAAAUGACGUAUUAUGA